UCUCACAGCUCAAAUUUUUUAGUGUGUGCAGACUUCAGUGACAGGAACUUCUGGAGAGCUCUGGGCUGUAGGUGCCGCAGGCAGUCAGAGGGCGUCAUCGUUUUUUUCUGUUGUUGUGACGGCGCAAACCGAGGUAACCUAACAAUGGCAGUUCCAGUAGCUGCAUUACAACUGAGCACAUCAUCCAACCCGGGUCUGCUGGAGCACAACAUUCACAUCAGCGACAGAGAUUUGGGAAGGAUUUCAAGUAACAAUGAAAAUGACACGCUGCCCUUACAUUCUCCGUGGACUUUCUGGCUUGACAGAUCUCUACCAGGAACAACAGCUGCUGAAUGUGAGUCAAACUUGAAGAAAAUCUACACAGUUGAGACCGUCCAGAACUUUUGGCGAGUUUACAACAACAUACCCGGCGUCUCCAGUUUACCACUGAGAUGUAGCUAUCAUCUGAUGAGAGGAGAAAGGAAACCACUCUGGGAAGAAGAAAGCAAUGCUAAAGGUGGUGUUUGGAAAAUGAAAGUACCCAAAGAGUGCACUUCUGUUGUAUGGAAGGAGUUGCUCUUGGCUACUAUUGGAGAACAGUUCAGUGAUUAUUGUCCCUCAGAGGAUGAAGUGGUCGGUGUCAGUGUCAGUGUAAGAGACAGGGAAGAUGUGUUUCAGGUCUGGAAUGGAAAUGCUUCUUGUGCUAACGAGUCAAACAUCUUAGGGAGGAUCUAUGAGCUCCUCCCACAGAUACCUUUUAAAGCAGUGUUUUACAAACCACACGAGGAGCACCACGCUUUUGAAGGAGGCCGAUCAAGACAUUAGCGCAUUUUGCACAUCAGAACACCUUGAGAUAAACAAUGUUUUUCUUUGCUUAUGAACGUGUUUCGGAUCAUGAUAUACGGGCAGAUUUUGAAGCACUUGAGUUCAUAGUUGUUUAAUGGAUCAUCUUAGUUACCUCAAAAUUAUAGCCCAUGUAUUAUGAAACUCAAUCGAUGCAGUUUCCCAUCUUCUGGGCACUACUGUCAUUCAUAAUGAUAUCCAAAAUUAUUUUAGCCAAAAGCAAAAACCACUUUAGUUUAAUUUUAUCUUUGGCAGUGUUUGUAUGUUUUUAUACUGCAGAGUUUUGCAUAAAAAAACCUUAACUAAAACAGCAGAUCAUGUACAGUCAGAUUUUUUUAGAUGAAUUAUAGCAUAUUUUGUGCAGUUUCCUGAGCACAGGCAGAGCCACGUCUUUGAAUUAAAUCUCAUUUUUGAAUCUAAGAGCAGGCCUAGUUCCGCAAAGCAAACCUUUAUCCUAACAAUACAUUACAAAGCUUUUUUUAGUCAGCUCUUUUCUCUGUUUUGUAUUUUACAGCCAGAAUACUUUUGCCUAUACUAGAGAACAUAAAUAUUUAGUAUGCUGUAAUGCUUACAUAUGAACAGAAAAUUGCACAUUCUUUUUUUAUGUUCUUCUUUUGGAUAUGAGUGAAUAAUGAAAGUAAUAUGUUCUUGUUACAGUAAAAGGACCUCAGUACACAAAACAUCGUAAGUAGAUGCUGAUUAAAAUAUAUGCAAUCAUUUUUAUUCUGUAGAGUUUGUGGCAAACGUGCAGUGUCCUGGUUGUCCUAAAUCAAGCACUUUGUUUCUUACUGUAAAUGUAAAACAUCAAAUGGUCCCUCCGGGAUUAUAUGGAGUUGUGAUAACUGAGACCAAAUACACUUUGGCUUUGUGUCACCUUUUCUGAUGAAGUGUAAAGCUGUUUUUGCUCAUUUUGUUAUGAGUUUCUUCUCCUUUUUAAUACUAACUGAGUAUUGUGGAUAACAAAGUUGAAAUUCUGUUUUUAUGUAUUCAUAUGACCUGUGUUAUAAUAAAUUUGUGAAACCUACCCUUUGUAAAGCAAAUAAUACCGGCCCCAGGAAAAAUGAACUAUAAUCAUAUGACACAGAAAUCUGUCACAGGGGUGCAGAAAGUAAAGAUGUUGCUCUUUCAGGGCUAUUUUAAUGAAUUUUUAAAAAAUCACUGGUGUUUGUUGAAGUGAUGUAAUCAGUGCAGCAGUGUCAAAUCUGUAUGAAACAAUCAGAGAUGAUUUUCUGAUGCUGUACCAAAACAAUUUUAGUGUCUCUACAAUCCAUAGCUUUAAAUGUUUUUGUUUUUUUUCUGUGGUCUUAUAUGCAAUAGGUUGCAUUUGCGUUUUUUGAAAUUUGGGAAGCUGAACCAUUCUACAUCUCACCAAAGGCGCCUUUCUUGUGUGUUUGGGAGAAAGUGAGGGAGUGAGAUUGUCUAUUCUAGGUUGCAUAGAACAGAGCGGAUUCUCUUGUGUGCCAGUACUAUAAUACUGAGACAUUUGAGGUAAUCUCCAGAGAUUUGGAGUAUGCAUUGAAAUCCACAAAAAGAAUGCUGCUAGGAUUCAUCAAUCAAAUCAAGUGUUUGUAAUGCUGGUGUCUCUGCUGAAGUCAAGAGUAGUCACAGAGUUAGUUUUCAGACCACCGACUUUGGCAAGCUUGCUUUGACUUAGCUGUAUUGUUGUUGUUUUUUUCAUGUGAUGAUUUUAAAAGCACAUAGUGUAUGAUAAGUGGAAAAACAUACUGUCCCCCAGCACAUAUACAGUUGACCACUCACUUCAGAGCGUAGACAUUGUAACUGAUUGUUGAUCUUGGAUGGUGCCUUGUGUUUACCAGCAGUUCAGAAUGUUACCGUCAUCCGUGUUCAGCUUGUUGAACUUGUAUCUAGUCAUGUUUCUCUGUUAGUUUUACAAGUGUUUGAAAAAUAAAGUCACCUAAACUUCCA